AUGCCGUCUACGAUCACCACCGCGGUGCUCACCGCCCUCGCGGCCUGCGGCGCUUCCGCGCUCCCGCAGGUUCGCCAGACGCAGACUCACCUCCUUGCCGAGACCGAGUACGGCAGUUUCCAGGGCGCGUAUUCUGAGCGCUACAACAUCUCGUACUGGCAAAAGAUCCCGUACGCGGCGCCCCCAGUCGGCGAGAACCGGUUCCGUGGCCCGCAGCCCCCGGCUGCUGUAGAGGGUGUUUACGACUCCAGCCAGCCUUUUGACAUGUGCCCCCAGCGGACGGUCAAUGGCUCUGAAGAUUGUCUGUAUCUUGGCCUCUACUCUCGCCCCUGGACCAAGGACCAGCCCCUGAAGCCCGUCGUCGUCACCUUCUACGGUGGCGGCUUCAUUCAGGGGUCCGCGUACUUUUCCAUCCCGCCCUCGGCGUACCCGAUUCUCAACACUUCGGACGCCUCCGACAUGAUGUUCGUGUACCCCAACUACCGCACCAACGCAUUCGGUCUCCUCCCCGGCAAGGAGAUCGCCGCCGACCCCAAGUCCGACCUGAACCCGGGUCUGCUGGACCAGGAAGCCGUACUGAAGUGGACGAAGAAGCACAUUGCGCAGUUCGGCGGCAACCCCGACGACGUGACGAUCUGGGGCCAGUCCGCGGGUGGCGGUAGCGUGCUGGCACAGGCACUGGGAAGGGGCGGCAAGCAGAAGCUUUUCCGCAAGGCGAUGGCUAGCAGCCCUUUCUGGCCCAAGGUCUACAAGUACGACAGCGCCGAGGCGCAGGCUCUCUAUGACGAGCUUGCGCGACGCACGGGGUGCGCCGGCCCGGAUAGUCUGGCGUGUCUGAAGAAGGCCGAGGUGCAGACGAUCCGGGACGCAAGUCUCGCCAUUUCUUCGUCGCAUCAGUACAACACUUCGACCUUCACCUGGUCGCCCGUCAUCGACGGGGAGUUCCUGCAGGAGUCGCUGUCCGAGGCCACCGCCAAGGGCAACGUCAACAUGGACCUGGCGUUCGCCAUGCACAACACGCACGAGGGCGAGAACUUCGUUCCCCCCGGUCUGCAGGGCGAGACGAACGCGGGCUCGCCGCCGUUCAACUCGAGCGAGGCAUCUUUCGAGUCGUGGCUGAGGGGCUUCCUCCCUGGCUUUGGCGACUGCGAGAUCGAAGCCGUGAAAAAGUUGUACCCCCCGGCUGGCGUCACAGAGACGAUUGAGUACAGCACUACUUAUGUGAGAGCCGGUCUAAUUUACAGGGACGUCAUCUUGACAUGCCCUGCGUACUGGUUCUCCGGCUCUGCGUCGCAGGGAGGAUGGCUGGGCGAGUACUCGCUCAACCCUUCCAAGCAUGCUAGUGAUACUGUUUGGUGGAACCAAGUCAACGCGGUGCAGAAGACAGAUCCCGCCCGUUACCAAGGCUAUGCUGGUGCUUUUGCCUCCUUCUUCCAGACCGGCGACCCUAACAAACUAAAACUCUCUCCAUCAACGGCAGCUGCCGUGCCCUCCCUCAGGGAUAAUAAGGAAUGGACAAUUGUGGAGGCUGGCUUCGAAACCGCCGAGUUGGAACACUUGGAGAAGAGAUGCGGAUUCUGGAGAAAAGCAGCAAAGAAGAUACCCAUCUGA